AUGCAUUUGGAGUCAAAAAACAAAGUUAUUCUUAUAGUUACUGACAGUGCUGCAAAUAACAUUGGUGCAUUUCAAGGUAUGAUCAUUCCUGGUUUUGAGAAAUACUUUAUUGAAGAUGAUAAUGAUGAAAUAAAUGAUGAAGAUGAUAGUAAAUCAGAUAUGAAUAAUGGAGAAAUUAGUGAUGAAUAUGAAUAUCCAUCAGAUUUUUCGUCAACAACAAUCAGCUCAUCAACAUCUAUUGGUUUAACACUUAAUGAUCUUAUUCAAGAAUCACUUAAUAGAUUGAUGGAAAACAACGAAAAAAUGUUUCUUCAAUUGCAAAAACUUGUUCAUACCAGCACAAAAUUUGCAGAAAAAUUAGAUUUAAUGAAAUUAUCUAUUCCUCGUGCUGUAAUCACGCGAUGGAAUUCUCAAUUCAUGUGUGUAGAACGAAUUCUUUCUAUACCAUCUAUUGAAUUAAAUGAAGUAUUGGCUCAAUUAAAACACAAAAAUUUGUGUUUGAGUACACGUGAUUUAUCUAUGCUACAAGAGUUUGUUGCCUUAUUAUCGUUAUUUGCUGAAGCAACAACAGCCACACAACGACAAAAUUCUCCAUCUAUAUCGUUCGUGACAUCAAGUGUCUUAGCUAUUUAUUUUGAUUUAAUCGAUGAAAAGAAGAAUAUACAAUAUGCAACAGCAUUAUGUGAUGCUUUAUUAUCUCCAUUAUUAUUAAAAUUUGGUGGUUUACUUGAACAAAUGGAAGUUGAUCUUAAUGAACUUAAUAUUAAUUUUCAAAUGAACAAAAAGUUUUAUGAUCCUUAUAAAGAUUCUGUUUUUUUUCUUCAUUCCUCAAUGGAAUGUUUAAAAUUCGUUGGAUUACUGAAUCUUUACUUCCUGAUUCAACAAAAGAACGACUAUGUGAAAAAAUUAAAAAAUUGGUAUUUGAUCAUUGUUUUCUUAUUGAAUAUGAACAUCGUGCUUAAACUGUUCCAGUUGAUACAAAUUUAA